AUGUUAUUUCAAAUUUAUGAGUCGAUUGAGAAAUUCUUGGCAAAUUAAGAUUAUCAUCAUUUUGAUUCUGUUUGUUAUGUUGGACUGAAGCAUAGUUUAUCACUUUAUUUCUUAAUCUUUAUGUAAGGAGAUUAUAAACUAAUCAAGAUCCUUUAUCAUGUACAUUCAUUAAACUCAAACAAUAAUGAGUGGAAUAUCAUUCAUGAGAUUAAAAAAGGUUUGGCCAUUGAUGAAAAACGAUAAUGUUUGCUCUCUUCUUUUAACUUUAAUUAGUACCUACCCUUUAAUGUUGGAUAUACACUUACUUAGAAUAAACCUUUUUAUUGGUCUUAUUAUCUAUGUAAUUGAAAAGACAACAACUAUUUUAUAAAAUUUACCAUACAUUCGAAUUAUUAUCUUGGAUAUUUUCUGCUUAUUUUUUGUUGAAAUUCUGCAUUUAUUAUGUUUUACAACUUUUUAUAAGUUAUGCAGGAUAUUCAUUGAAAUUAUUCGAAUUAUGAUAUGGUUAUUAAUAAUCGUAUAUCGGUAAUAAGCUAAAACACAAGUUCUAUUAUAUGCAAGUGUAACUUUAUAAUUUUUUUGGGUAUACAUUUACUUUUUCAAAAAUUGA